AUGCGCCCGUCUCCCGGCGGCCGCGCGUCUCUUCCGGCGGCGGCCGCGGAUGCGUCGCCUCGGGCGGGGCGUGCCGAGACGGGGGGGGAGUCUCGCCUGCUCCGUUGUAGGCCGUGUGGCGCGGCACGGCGCGGCCGUCGUGUGUUGGUGGCGCUGGCGUUCGCGGCAGGGGUGGUUCUUUUCGGCCUCCUUCUGGAGUCGGCGUCGCCUGACGGGCGCGGGGGGGCGGGGGGGCUGCAGCCGGCGGACGCCGCGGGGUUCUUCGCGGUGAUGAAGCGCGCAGCGAACCAGGGCUGGCGCAUCGGAGCACGGGCGCUUUGCGCGAUUUUCGGCCUGCAGUACAAAACAGUCAAGAAUGCGUUCCGGCGCGCAGGCCGCAGCGCCGAGUUUGAGGCGCUGGCGGAGGAGAUGGAUCACUAUUUGCAGGCGAAAGAGGAGGCGGGGAACGACGAAGACAGCUUGCCAGACGUCUUCCGCGAGCGCGGCCUCCAGCUGGUGAUUGAGGCUCAGGCGCUUUUCUCGCAGGUGCUCGGCAAGCAUAUUGAACUUCCCGUGCGGUACAAGAGGGCGAUGCUGAAGCUGCGCGAGAAGAAGCGCAGAAAGAAGGACGUGCACGGCGGGGCCGCCAGCAAGGACGCCCUCGGCGAAGGCUCGGUCGGCCGGACGGUGUCGCCUGCGGCUCAGGGCAGCCGCGACGAGGGACACCAGGCGCGCGGCGUGCACACAAAGUCAACCGACAGCGUGCGCGUCUCGGGGGCGGACAGCGAGCCUGUCCAGGGGCCCGCGGCCGCGGGCGGCGUCAACGUGCCCGUUCGCGACCAGGCCUUCGAGGCCGCAGUCAACGAGAGACUGCGUGCGCUCAAAGCGAAGCACGAGGCAGACGUGGGCGCGAUCGUCGACGAGGCCAACACGCUCCUCAGGCAGUACCAGGAGGAGCACAAAAUGACCUACGACAACCGCAUCAACGCGCUGCGCGCGCAGCAGCAGGCGGAGCUGGAGCAGAUUCACCGGGACCUCCACGAUGAAACCAUGCGCUUCGAAGAGGGCAAGAAGCACUACGAGGUUGUCAGUGCGCACCUGACGGAAGCCAAGGCGGGCAUGGCCGUCCUCGGGGAGACCAUGCAGGUCAUCGCGGCGAACUUCUUCUCGAUUGAACAGUUGCUCGAGAAGCUCACGGACGAGCGCCAGGCGCUGGAGCGAGUUGCGGGAGGCAAGUCGGAGAUCCAGCGCGCCUUCCAGGCCAUCCAGCAGACCAGCGUCACGCAGGAGCAGAGUGCGCAGGCGGUCGUCACUAUUCGGCAGCGCGCGACGGACGUGACCGCAGUGCUGGCGCAGCUCGAGGAAGUUCUCGCGCGGGCGGACACGACGUUGAGCACUGCGCCCAGUGGCGCGCUCUUUGAGAGUCAGCAGCAAGGCUACAGCGAGUACCUGCGCUCCUACCAGAUGAGUCUAAAGGAGUCGAAGGAGCGCCUCGCGAAGUUUGAGCAAGAAGUCGACGCCAAGCUGCUCGCGCUGAACUUCGCCGGCGAGGAACUCCAGGCGAAGGCGAUUGCCCGUCUCGGCGUCGUCACCGAGACUCUCGCGAGAGAGUACGCGGCCGUGCAAAGCAAGGCGCAGGAGCUGGAGCAGAGUUAUCAAGAAUUCUUCCAGUCCUGCCAGCACAUCGAGGAACACGCCGUCAACACAGCCAAAAUGGCGUCCCAGGACCGCGUCGUUUUCGCGCAAAUGUACGCGGAGCUCUCCGGCGAAUUCAGCACGCUGCAGGUCACCCUGCAGAAGCUAGAGGAAAGCAUGAAACAACUCAGCACGGACGUCACUGAAGUGGAGAAGGUCGCGGUUGUCUUUGGCGAGGGCCUGAACUCCAUUCCGCUGACACGCGAGGUCCUCACCCAGCUGAAUUCGGGCCUCGUCGGCGAAAUGACGAGAUUUUUUUCGUCGUACAAGCACCAAGUGCUGCAGGCCUCGUCGGCGCUUCGCCAGCGGUUCCAGGCCUCCCAGGACUUCAUGCGCAAGCUGGAUCUCCUGGCGAAAGAGACGCGCACGCUCGCAGACCCCGCAGCGCUGGAGCGCCUCGAGGCUGAGAUCCUCAGCCUCUUGGCAGAGCUGGAGGCGAAGCAGCGCGACGUUGCGGAAGCCGACGGGAGGCUGAAGGAGGCGCGGGCGGUUGUGUUGACGCUGCAGAGACAGAUUCGACAGCUGGAGCAGCGCCUGAGCACGGAGAGAAGGAUGCCGGGUCGCUGGGGCGGCGUGGGCGGCGCGGGCGGCUCCACGAUAGGCUCGUCGAUGUUUGGCGGGCUCGGCGCCUCUUCGUCGGCAAUCGGAAGCAUAGUGGAGGAGGAAUCCGUCGGUCCGAGUGACGUAGUCCGCGAAAUUGAGGUCCAGCUCGCGCUCGAGCGCGGGCGUCUGCAGGACGCAGAGCGCGAUAAGCAGGACCAGCAGAGGAGGUUUGCGGUUCUGGAGAGCGAGGUCCGAGAGCUUCACAAGGAUGUUGAAGCCAAGCGACGCAUCGUCACAGAGGAGCAGCAGAAGAUGGCGCGCCUGGAGCAGCUGGCGGCGGCCGUGGCAGGCGGACCAGGCAGCGGGAUUGCCAGCACCCUGGGUGGAGGCCUCAGAGGCUCUCUGGGCAUGGGGACUCGCGCGGUCAUGACUGCGGCCUCGGGCCUCCUCGGCGGAUCGCUCGCCGGAGGGGUCGGCCUGGGCAGCCGGCCGACGAGCCUGGGCGGCAUAUUUGGAAGCCGCGCUGGGUUUACGGGUGCGUCGGCGGUGGGCGGCAUUGGGUCCCUGGCUGGCGGCCUCGCAGGGGGGCGGCCACAGGGGGCCGGGUUCGGCAGCGCCGGGGCUGAGGGCUUUAACCGACCAUUAACCGGAGGGCAGUAA